AUGAUUGCUAUUUCAACUUGUUCAUGGGAGAAAACUACAUUAAAAAAUUAUGAAGCUGUUCAAGUUAUUUAUCAUUCACCGUUAUUAACAGCACUUGCAACUUAUGAUAAUGUAAAGAUCAAUUAUGAAAAUGCCAGUGGUUAUGUUUUUAAGAUUAAUACAGGAUUAAUGGAUAUCUGUACGUAUCUCCGUCAACCAAAUCAUAGAUCAUUUGGACCUGGCCAUUGUAAACAAUCCAUUGCUCGACCGUCUAUUGGUCUUGCUAUUGUUGGUGUAAUAUUUCUUAUUAUAGGAACAGUUUGUACUGGUUUCGCUGACGAAGAAAAGUGUUAUGACCGUCAAGCAAAUUUGUUAUCCUAUUGUUCAGCAAUAUUUGUUGCGUUAGGUGGUCUACUGCUGUUUACUUCUCAUUGGACGUUUUCAAUGAGUUCUGAAUUACAACUUCCGACGGUAUAUGUUCAAUAUGGAUUUUCUACUUAUUUAAUGGUUAUAGCAGCUCUCAUCAGUUUACUUUCAAUGAGUCUUGUUCUUUGGCGAAUGUAUCUACGCAGGGUUUAUGGCAAUCAUCGAUUAAAAGUGAAUUCUACUAAAAGACGUGUAUCGAAAAAGUCCAAUCGUCGUCGUUGUUAA